AUGGCGGCGGGCAGUGGGGGUUCCGGACGGCGGCGGCGCGGGGCGCUGCGGAUGCUGAUGCGGGUCGGGUCGGUGCUGCUCACGCGCUUCCCGUUCUGGCACUGCCUCAGCGGGCUCCUCCUCAACGCCGAGCGCGCCGAGGCCCGGCGAAAACCUGACAUCCCUGUCCCAUUUCUCUACGUUGACAUGGGUGCAGCGGUGCUAUGUGCCAGUUUCAUGUCCUUUGGGGUGAAGCGUCGGUGGUUUGCCUUGGGGGCUGCCCUACAGUUGGCGAUCAGCACGUAUACAGCAUAUAUUGGUGGCUAUGCACACUACGGAGACUGGCUGAAGGUUAGGAUGUAUUCGCGGACGAUAGCCAUCAUUGGUGGCCUCUUGGUCUUGGCAAGUGGCGCUGGGGAGAUCUACCGCCAGAAACCACGGAACAGGUCACUGCAGUCCACUGGGCAGGUUUUCAUUGGCAUCUACCUCAUUUGCGUGGCCUACUCCCUUCAGCACAGCAAGGAAGACCGCCUAGCCCACCUCAGUGGCAUCCCGGGAGGGGAAAUCGCCUUGCAGCUCCUCUUCGUUCUCUACGGUGUCCUCGCCCUCUCCUUCCUGUCUGGCUAUUACAUCACUACGGCCGCCCAGAUCCUGUCGGUCAUUCUCCCUCUGGUUGUUCUCUUCAUCGACGGCAACUUGGGCUACUGGCACGAUUCCCGCCGAGUUGAAUUCUGGAACCAAAUGAAGCUGAUUGGGCAGAAUGUUGGGAUCUUUGGGGCCUCCAUAAUUUUGGCCACUGAUGGCUGAGACUAGACCUGCAAGACUUUGGAGCAUGGUGCUUGAUUUGGGGAUGAGGGGGGAGGGGCACUGCAGAAAAGAGACUCGGGAUUUUUUUUUUAUUAAAAAACAUCACUUAUUUAUUUUUGUUUUUACAGCAUCUUAAAAAUUCUUUGUUCUUUCCCAUUGGCAGCUAAAUGAACUAGUGGGUUUCUCAAAAUCUGGAGUCACUCCUAUAUUCAUUAUUGUGGACAGUCCAGCAACCCUCGUAUGCCCUAGCCAACCGAGAGAGCAAAUGGUUAAGGCACUUGUCUUCAUGAUGGAGGCAUCCACUUUUUGUCUCCAGCUGUGUCGAUGGGUUGGAUUUUGCUUCCAGUCCAUUCAGUAGUUUAAAUAUGACACGGUUGUGCAACCAUCUUGCAUGCUGCAGGGCCUGAAGUUUGGUAGCCAAAGAAACAGAGUUUUUGACUCUUAGUUGUUCUCUCUUCAGCAGUAUCUAGAUGAUGGAGGUGGGCAUAGAUCAUGCAGUCCUUUAUAUUGACCUUUGAACAUUCUCCAAGAAGCUGACAUAUACAACAGAAUCCUUGUUUGCAUGGGCUGCCUUUCUCUUGACCAACGCUUUUACAAACCUGCAUAAUAUUCUUCCAGGCAGGUAUGAAGUGAACCCGUGACCAGUUCGGUAACGUGUUGUUCUCUCUGGAGCUUAGGAAAGCAGUUUGCUGUUGCAGCUGACAAGGCUCUGUAACGAUAGACCUCUGCCGACAAUGCAGCAACGCAGCUGUAAGGUGUUUUCUCCCCCAUCUCCAGCACUAAUCGCAGAACUUUGGUAAGGCGAGGAUUCAGGAUUCCUCUCUCCCAAGGAGAAGUAGAGUAAUUUAAUAUCCCAGUUGCUUCUCUGCAGUCAUGGGUUUCUUACCUAUUUGCCAGACUGUGCUUGGCUCAUUUUUACUUAUGACCUCUAGGCCCAAAUUAUGUUAGAAGGCUUUGGUAUUGAGCACUGAGUAAUCGCUGUAAGCGUAGCGUUUCCUCCCACAAUUCCUUUUUCUCAUGAAAAGAACUAAGGAAAAAUGGGGGAAGGGAUUGCCCAGUAUAUUCAAAUUUAGCAUCAUUGGAGGUGGGUCGCUUUCCAGCAAAAGCAACGCAUGGAUGGAUUGCUCCAUUAAGAGCACAUGGGGGGUUGCUGUGAGGGGGUUGGGGCGUCAGGCUGCAAUUGCAUACACUUUCUGCCUCUCCUGGUACCUAGUCUGGUUCCCUAUGCUGCUGCCGGUGCACAAUCUAGCUGCCGUUUGUCUGUGUGCACGCAGGCGUGUACGCAACCUUCUGCUUCUGUAGUUACGAUCCAAUAGCAUUGCAGGGCAGAAUGCACUAGGGAAUACUGCCUUUUCAGGGCACCCAUGAGAACAGCCUUCUGUGAAUCGAACGUUGGGUUGGAUUUCCAUGUAUCCACUGAAGUGCGGGGCUGGGAAGUGGGUGUUCAGCCGAGGCAGAUGCUGGCGUGUGUCUCGUGAAAAACCCAGCUAUGUGAUCAGCGUGGAUGCGAUGGGAUUUCCCUAUAAUCCACUCCGACGUGGGCGCAUGGGGAGUGAGCCGGCCCUUAGAAAGCGCCGCUGUUCCGCAAUUGGAGGCUGUGGAAAUGCCAUCGCCUGCACUCCCUCUCUCUCCUGUCAGCAAGUAUUUCUGCCUUGCUGCAACUUUCCCGAACCA